UCUCCAGACGGGCUUCAGUUCCCGUCUGUCUUCCGGUCUUCCUCUCCGAGCGAAACGGCUGCCGACUUUGUAUUGAUUGAGCCAGCGAAGAUGAGUGGAAAUAACAAGGAAUCAGACCUUCCUCGGCCCACCCGUGUGAAGAACAAGACUCCUGCUUCGAUUCAGAUCACUGCGGAGCAGAUCCUCCGUGAAGCACGAGAACGAGAAAUGCAAGAGGCUGAAAUAAGACCACCGAAACAGAACAUCACAGAUGUCAUCGAGCUCAACGAGUACCGUCUCCGCAAGCGCAAGGAAUUUGAAGAUCUAAUCCGACGCGUGCGAUGGGACGUUAGUGUCUGGGUGAAGUACGCUCACUGGGAGGAAUCGCAGAACGAUUUCAACCGUGCUCGUUCCAUUUGGGAACGAGCACUAGAAGUCGAUAACAGGAAUCACACUCUUUGGAUAAACUAUGCUGAAACUGAGAUGAAGAACAAGUUCGUCAAUCACGCAAGAAACGUCUGGGAUAGAGCUGUUACUAUUCUUCCUAGAGUUGAUCAGCUGUGGUACAAGUACAUUCACUUGGAGGAGAUGCUAGGAAACAUUGCAGGAGCUCGUCAAAUAUUCGAGAGAUGGAUGGGUUGGUCACCCGAUCAACAAGGCUGGCUUUCCUACAUAAAGUUCGAACUCCGUUACAACGAAAUUGAAAGAGCAAGAGGAAUUUUCGAGAGAUUCGUGCAGUGUCAUCCAAAAGUCAGUGCUUGGAUUAGUUAUUCUAAGUUCGAAAUGAAGAACGGAGAGGUUGGACGGUCAAGGAAUUGCUAUGAAAGGGCUGUAGAGUUGCUUGCUGAAGACGAAGAUGCAGAGAAGCUGUUUUUCGCGUUUGCUGAAUUUGAAGAGCGGUGUAAGGAGAUCGAAAGAGUGAGGUAGUGAUAAGGAUGGUAUAUCAUCUUAAUUACCAUGCAUCAGUAUAGUUGAAAGCCUUUCUUUCAAUUUUUCCUCCAUUUUUUUUAUUAAUUCAAAUAAGGCUAAAAGGGAAAACCCCAAGAUUUAACGUGGUUGUUUGU